UUUUACUAUUUUAUUAAUAAUUAUUUAUCUAAAUCAAACGAACUGAAUGUUUUAAACAGAUCAUUUAUAAUUUAAUAAUGAGAGACUGAUGAAUGGAUGAGGUGUGUGACGACACCUGACUCAGGUGAAACUCGAUGACGUGGCACUUCCGGUUUUACCUGUGCAGGUAAACAGCAACAGGUGAUGGAGUAACGCAGCUCAGGUGUGUUUUUAUUCAUGACAAUGAGAAACAGAGAAACAGCAGAAAGCUUCAGAGUUCCAGUCAAACAGUGAGGAUGUGCGACUCCAUGAAGACGCAGCUGGUGAGCGCCAUCCAGCUGCAGGAGGUGGAACUGCAGGACAACGAGCAGGGCAGCAACAACAACAACAACAAGGACGAGACGUUCACGGUGGAGGACGCCGUGGAGACGAUCGGCUUCGGGCGUUUCCACGUCCUGCUCUUCGUCAUCAUGGGCAGCUCCAGCAUCGUGGAGGCGAUGGAGAUCAUGCUGCUCGCCGUCGUGUCUCCAGAGAUUCGCUGUGAGUGGCGGCUGAACGACUGGCAGGUCGCCCUGGUCUCCACGAUGGUGUUCCUGGGCUUCAUGCUGUGCGGCGUGCUGGGCGGAUACAUCGCUGACAGAUAUGGACGCUGGAAGGUGGUGUUCGGAGGCUUCGUGUGGAGUGCGUAUUUCUCUCUCCUCACCUCGUUCUCUCCGUCCUACGGAUGGUUCAUCUUCCUACGCAGCAUGGUGGGAUGUGGGAUAGCAGGAGCCUCUCAGGGAUUCGUGUUGAAGACAGAAUUCAUCCCAGCAAAGUAUCGAGCCAUCCUGCUGCCGCUGGCCACCGUGUUCUGGAUGACGGGUUCUAUGCUGAUCAUCCUUCUGGGGAUGUUGGUGGUUCCGUCUCUGGGCUGGAGGUGGAUGAUCCGUCUCUCCGUCACGCCCAGCAUCAUCCUCAUCUUCCUCUUCCAGUUUAUUCCAGAGUCUGCUCGCUACAACGUGUCAGCAGGAAACGUCCAGGCCGCCGUGGAGACGCUGCAGAGGAUCGCUGACAUGAACGGAGCGUCUCUUCCUCCGGGACGGCUGGUCGAGUCCCCCGGGAGGGAGCGAGGCAGCUGGAGGAUUCUGGUCAGUCCAUCGCUCAGGAGGACGUCUCUACUGCUGUGGUACUCCUGGUUCGUGGCGUCCUUCGCCUACUACGGCUCGGUGCUGAGCAGCUCAGAGCUGCUGGAGAAGAACCUGCUGUGUGUCACCAACGCCGACCGGCAUCAUCUCGUCAAACACCGACGGGACGACGGACUCUGCUACUGCGUCCCGUUCCAGCAGGAGGACUACCGGACCCUGCUCAUCAGCUGCCUGGGGGAGGUCGCCUUGGUCCCGGUCAACAUCGCCCUCCUGAACGUGUUUGGACGGAAGAUGAGCCUGGCCGUGCUGCAGCUGGUGGCGGCCUUUCUCUUCAUGAUGUUAAACAUCUGCACGACCAUGUUUGGGUUCACGGUGCUGCUGUUCCUGCUGCGCUCCCUGGUCUCCAUGAACUUUAACGUGGUUUAUAUUUACACCGCCGAGGUGUACCCCACGGCGGCCCGGUCUCUGGGUUUGGGUUUCUGUACGUCGUUCAGUCGUAUCGGAGGAAUGAUCGCUCCGUUCAUCGCUCAGGUGCUGAUGUCCCAGUCGGUGGUCCUGGCGCUGACCCCCUUCGCGGCCGCCUGCGCUCUCUGUUCUCUGGGGAACUUCCUGCUGCCGAUAGAGACUCGGGGUCGCGCUCUGCUGCAAAACUCAUGACGACGACUCCAACAAACAAACAAACUGUUUCCUGUUUUAUUGUUACUGUGAAGAUAUUAAAUGUGUUUCUGAGAUCAGCUGUUUCUGUCUCCUUUAUUAUCAUUCAUGAAGGAAAUCGGAUAUGAACGUUCAAUAAAAACUGUUUAUUUUCACAUAAUUCUAA